AUAACAUUUAUUUUGAGCAGCAAAAGAUAUAGUGACGUUUUGCUUGCCGAAGCAGAUGAAAAUAAUUCUUGUCGACCAUCUUUGGAUAAUUCACAUUUUAAAAAAUUAUCCGAGACAUCAUCGUCAGUUACGAUUACACCUAUAGAACCCGGCUUGUUUUACAUAAUUAAUGAUUUUUGUAGUUCGUGCGUAAUUAAAGUAGUCGGCAAAAAUGGUGGUGGUGAUAAUAACAACUGUAACAACAGUAAUAAUAAGAAUGGUGACUAUAAUUGCAAUCAAGGUACUGUUAUUAAUUUUAAUUUUGGUGGUUCAAGUGGUUCCGCAAAUAUUGGAGUUACAAAAGCUAUGAUCGCUAUGACUGUAUUUAUUGCUUCAUUAUACAUUAAUAUGUUGCAACUAGUAUUUUAA